AUGUUAAUUAUGGUUGAAACUGGUGAAGCGGGAAUGGACAUCAACUCUAUGGAUGAAGCAGAUAAAAGGAGAUUCUCAAAGUUUAACGUUCCAAAGACCAGAAAGACUUACUGCAAGAGCAAGAAGUGCAGAAAGCACACCCAGCACAGAGUUACACAAUACAAGGCUGGUAAGGCUUCCUUGUACGCUCAGGGUAAGAGAAGAUAUGACAGAAAGCAAGCUGGUUUCGGUGGUCAGACUAAGCAGGUUUUCAGAAAGAAGGCCAAGACUACCAAGAAGGUUGUGUUGAGAUUGGAGUGUGUUGUUUGCAAGGCUAAGAUGCAGCUUCCAUUGAAGAGAUGCAAGCACUUUGAGCUUGGUGGUGAUAAGAAGGAGAAGGGUGCUGCUUUGCAGUUCUAA